UUUAGUUAACAUGACACAGCUACCUUUACUGCAUAUAUGGGAAUUCUCCCUCUGGCAUAGAUGACACCAGAAUAUUUGCUGUAGACUUUUCACAUGCAAGCGUGGAGGUGUAGAACUGUGCAUACAGAAUUUAAAUGAACACAUCCAAAACAACUGACUUCCUCUUAAGCGAACAAUGUCUCUUGAAGACAAGCUGGACAGUAAGAAGGCAGAAGGGAUAUAUGAGUCUGAAGAUGAGUUGGAUGACUCUGAUGAAGACUCUGCAUUGGACUCAUCAGCAAGCUUCGUAACACAGGAAGAAUUGUAUGAAAAUAUGCCAUACUUGAAGAAAACCAGUUUAACUGCAUCAGAAAACUCAAAUGCUGUGACAGUGGAAUUACGUAUCUUGCUACUGGGUGCUAGAGGGUCAGGAAAAAGCUCUACUGGAAACACCAUCCUCAGGUGCGAUGCCUUUAAAGCAGACAUGCAGCUGAGCAGAGUUACACAGUUCUGUGAAAAGGCAUCUGGAAACAUCAGCGGCCGGCCAGUUGCCAUAAUCGACACUCCAGGACUGAACCAGAUCGGGCGUACAGAGCCAGAAGUGACCAAAGAGAUUCUGAAGUCUAUUUCUCUCUAUACUCCAGGACCACACGUGUUUCUUCUCAUUAUGCCUGUUGGGAACUUAACCAACGAUGACAAAAGUAUGCAUAAGUUAAUCGAGAGGUUGUUUGGGAAGAGCAUUUGGAAGUACACCAUUAUUGUGUUCACUCAUGGAGAUCGUCUGGAGGGGAAAACAGGUAAUGAUGUCAUCGCCUGCUCAGACAAGGACCUUCGCAGUUUCAUCCAUAAGUGCAGCGGAGGGUUUUUGUUCUUCAAUAACAAGGACACGAGAAACUAUGAGCCUGUGAUAGAACUCUUAAAGAAAAUUGAGACUCUCCAGGCCAUCAAUGGCAAAAGCUGCUAUACAACAUCGUUUUACCCAGCCUCAGAGAGGAAGAUUAGGAAGAAAAUGGAGAAAAUUCUAGAGCAGAGGAAAGAAGAGAUCACACAGAAGGAGAGGGAGCUGGUUAUGAAUUGCCAGAGCGAGCAGGAAUUUGAGAGAAAAAAGCGGGAAAUCUGGACAAUGGAAGAAGACUAUGCGAGAAAUUUGGCCAAGAAUCCGUCCAAACAAAAAGUGUCCAUCAAACUAGUCAAGCCGCACUCAGUUGGCCGCAAGUCAUCCAGCAGUAGCAGCUAAUUUAACCAACCUCUAAUUUUCUCUUUUAAUACAUUGCCUACCUUCAGUUAUCUGCCAAAUAUUGUGUUUGUAUGUACUUGACCCAACCAUUAAUUUUUGUCCACUGUAGAGGACUUUUUUUAUUUUUCCCAGACCAUACAUGCUACAGUUAUGCUGUAAAUCUAAGGGUAUCUUAAAGGAAUAUUCCAGGUUCAAUACAAGUUCAUCUCAAUCAACAGCAUUAAAAAUAAUUUAGACUCGCCCCUCCUUUUCUUAAAAAAAUACAAAUAAAAUCUGGGUUUCACGGAGGCAUUUACAAUGGAAGUGAAUGGGGCAAUCCAUAAACAUUCAAAUACUGAUUAUUUCAAAAGACACAAACAAUAUGCAUGUUAACAUGAUUUUAGUGUGAUAAAAAGCUUACUAACUUUUCUGUUACAGCCAGUUUUACAACUUUGUUGCCAUAACGAUGUAAUGUCAACAAACCCUUAAAUUACUGUAAAAAUGUCAAUUUAUACAAAUUUACAGCUCAAAUAAUGCAUGAGAUUUAACAGAAGAAUUAAUGCAAUUGGUUUUAUAAAAUUAUAAGCUUCACAUUUCUGCUUUUACACCCUCCAAAAAUGGUAUCCAUUCACUUUCAUUGUAAGUGCCUCACUGUAACCUCCAUUUUUUUCUUUCUUUCUUUUUUUUUUUUUAAAGAAAAGAUGAGUCGAAAUACAUUUUUGUGGUAAUCAACAUUAUGCCACAAGUGCUGUCGAUUGAGCUUAACUUGUAUUGAACCCGGAAUAUUCCUUUAAAGUGGGCUUUUCAGAUAUAUCAAAUGUUUUGGGGUUUGGCCACGACAAUUUCCUUUCCUUGGUGUUUAAAAGUGUCUGACAUCACAAUUCAGCACAUUUUUUGGAAAGAUAAACAUUAGGUGUAUUAUUUUGAUUUAAAAUGUUUUUUUUUUUCUUUCUAAUAAACAAAUC